AUGAGCACUCCGCCCAAGCCCGUCCGGGCAAAGCCCCCGCCCGCGGCUGCAACGCCGCCAGCGGAUGACAUUGUUCCUUUCGACAUUGAUGCGCUUGGCUUUGAUGACUUUGACGAGCCACUGCCACAGCCACAGGCCCAGACUGCCGCCGACCCGUCGCCGCAGCCCGUCGUCGAUCCGGUCGUCCCGUUCGACAUUGCUGAUCUGGGCUUUGAUGACUUUGAUGAGCCUACCCAGGCCCCUGCUCCGGUUUCUGCGCCUGCUGCCCUCGCCGCCACCCCGGCUCCGGCUCCGGCUCCGGCAGAUGACUUUGACUUUAGCACGUUUGACGCCGGGUUUGACGACAGCGCAGAUGACGCCGCUGCGGCUUCAUCGUCGACUCUGGCUCCAGCUCCGGCUUCGGCUCCGGUCGCAGCUGUUGUGGCAACUGACGACGUCGAUCCCGAUACCGAGUUUGGCCUCCUUUAUCAGGACCAGGGUGAGCCGGAGAUGGAGUACGAGUUCCCCGAGGCUGUCAAGUUUGGCAUGGAGCCGCAGCAGAUGGUCAUUGUGGUCGGCGGCGAGGUCGUGUACUCGGGCCACGUCAACUUUGCCAAGACUGUUGGUGCACCGCCAAACGUCGACCACGCGUCGGCCGGCUCGGUCCUUGUCUACCACGAUGCCGGCGACCGGACGUUUAAGAUUCUCGGCGUGUCAGGCACGCCAGGGCCGACGCCUGAUGUGGCGCCGGCGGCGCGCAAGGCUGUCGAGCAGUUUAUCGAGUCGACGUCGCAGCCCGGAGGCCCGCCGGCCCGCCCGGCCCGAGUCGGUCCGCCGGUCAAAAAGGCGCGGACUCAAGUGAUUGCCGGUCGCGGCGCACCGAUCGCCCGCGGUGCGGUGCGCAACCGUGGCGCCCCGCCACGUGGCCGUGGCGCUCCGCCACGUGGCCGUGGUGCCCCACCGCGCGGUCGUGGUGCCCCACCACGGGGUCGUGGCAUGCCGCGUCCGCGCGGUGCGGUGCGCCCGCGUGGCGCUCCGCGCGGCCGCGGCAAGCCGAUGUUCGCCGGCGGCGCUUCCGGAGCUGGCCGUGGCAUGCGGCCAGUCUCGCCGUCGACGCCGGCAGUGCCGUCGGCGCCCAAGCCGGUGGCAGCCGAGCCGCCGCGCCCGGCUCGGAUGGCCGAGCCGGCGUACCCGACAAGCCCACCGCCGCCGGUGGCAGCAGCUCCGAGUGCAUCCGCUGACCAGCCGGCCGAGCCCGAGUUUCGAGCCGUCCUCCAGAUCUACUUUCCGGAGGGCUCGUACAAGAAGCUCUUUGUCGACUCGAACACGACGGCCAAGGAGCUGGUCGACAAGCUGGUAGCGCAGCGGCAGGAGACGGUUUCGGCCGAGUUUGUCUUUAAGCUCUGCACCAUGCAGGGUGGGAUGACAACCGGCGUCCUCGACGACGGCGACUACCCGGCGCGACUGUCCAAGGAGUGGAGCGAGGGGACCAAGCUGAUGUUCAUCAAGAAGCUCGCACCCAAGAAGAAAGAGCCCGAGGCCGGGGCCGGCUCGGGGGCAGCGGUCAUUCUGCAGGUCUUCUUCGAAGCGUCAGACACGUACACCUCGUUCCGGUGCUCGGAGGAGGCGACAGCGUCCGAGGUCUGUCGCAUGAUCUCGCAGCGGCCGAUGUUCUCGGCCAUGGCCGGCGACCCGGACGGGUUUGGCCUGUUUGUGCGCGGCCAGCGGGUCCCGCUCCGCGACAACGAGCGGCCGUCGAUCAUCCACAACGCUGGCAUGAAGAUGGGCACCCGCGUCCAGUUUGUCAUCCAGCGCAAGACCGGCGGAAGCACGGUCGGCGCCGGUGAAAAGGUGCCCGAGGGCGAGCGGGUGAGCGUCAACGACUUUAAGAUGCUCAAGGUCAUCGGCAUUGGCGGGUACGGCAAGGUCUACCAGGUUCGCAAGAAGGAUACCAAGAAGAUCUACGCCAUGAAAAUGAUCACCAAGGCCUCGCUGACCAAGUCCAAGCUCAUCCAGCACACCCAGGCCGAGCAGCGGGUGCUGACUCAGAUCAACCACCCGUUCCUCAUCCACCUCCACUGGUCGUUCCAGACCGCCGACAAGCUGUACUUUGUCAUGGACUACGUCAACGGCGGUGAGCUCUUCUUCCACCUCGCGCAGGAGCAGCGGUUCGACGAGGCCCGCACCAAGUUCUAUGUCGCCGAGCUCGUCUGCGCCCUCGGCUAUCUCCACAACCGCGAUAUCAUCUACCGCGACCUCAAGCCUGAAAACGUGCUCCUCUACGCCGACGGCCACAUUUGCCUCACAGACUUUGGCCUCGCCAAACAAGGCAUCACUGAGGACAACUCGACAGCCACCAUCUGCGGCACCGCUGAGUAUCUCGCACCAGAGAUCCUGACCGGAAACGGCUACGGUAAGGCCGUCGACUGGUGGGAGCUCGGCAUCCUCAUGUAUGAGAUGCUCAUGGGCGUGCCGCCGUUCGAGGCCGAAGAGGGCGAGACGCCCAACGACGUGUUCAUGAAGAUCCUCAAGCGCCCGCUCGAGCUCCCCGACGAGGUCUUCUCGCCGCUGGCCAAGGACCUCAUGCUCGGCUUUUCCAAGCGCGAUCCAGCGCUCCGCAUCGGAGGCGGCGCUCUCGACGCCGACGAGAUCAAGGAUCAUCCGUGGUUCGCAGAGUACGACUGGGGCGCCCUCGUCCGCAAAGAAGUCACCCCGCCGUUUGUGCCCAACGUUAAGAGCGAGAAGGAGGCCAAGUACGUCGACAAGGACAUCGCCGCCCUCUCCAUCAAGGACGCAGAGGGCCCGUCCGCCGCCCCGGUCAACAUCGACCACUCGGCCUUUGCUGCUUUCGAUGAGACCAACGACGACAACGUGCCGCUGGCCUUUGCGCUCACGUUUGCAGCUGGCCUGUCCACAGUCAUCGGCGCGGCGGCGCCGUUCAUGCCCUCGAGCAAGAUCCACUCGCCGCGGGCCCUCUCUGCUGCACUCGGCCUGGCCGCCGGUGUCAUGCUGUACAUCUCGUUUGUGGACAUUCUUGCAACAAAGGCCAUGGAUUCGUUCGAGGCCAUCGAGUCGAUCGGCGAGGAGCUGGCGCCCACGGCCACCGGCGGCUUCUUCUUCCUCGGCAUCUUUGCCAUUGCCGCCCUCAACGCCCUCACCCAUCGCAUCGGCGCCCCGCCGCACUCGAACGAUGUCCUCGACGAAAUCAUCCAUGCCGGCCCGUCCAUCACCUCACGCACGAGCUCGAGCUCGAGCACCGCGACCCGGACCACGACUCGCGGCUCGGGCUCGUACUCGGAGUAUGAGCAGGAGGAGGAGGCGCUCGGCUCGGACGCCGGGCUCUGCUCGGACGAUAGCGCGCUGGUGACUUCGUGGAGCGGAUCGAGCCGGUCGCGCCACCGCCGCCGCCGCCGCCAGUCGUCAUCGGAGGAAUCUUUCGGCCCGCCUGGCUCGUCGAGCCGGACCAUCGAGCGGACCGAAAGCGGCGAGAGCUCGGAUAUGGAGAUGGGCUCGGCGACUGCGGCGCUCAAGGGCGCGACGACGCAGUCUGCCGCGUCUGCGCGUGCUAUUCAGAUGAUGGGAAUCAAGACCGCGGUGGCUAUCAUGCUCCACAACCUGCCCGAGGGCCUCGCGACGUUUGUGGCGACGCUGGCGUCGCCGUCGUCGGGAGUGGCCAUCAUGGUCGCCAUCGGCCUGCACAACGUGCCCGAGGGCUCGGUCGUCUCCAUGCCAAUCUUCCACGCCACCGGCUCCAAGUGGCGCGGCUUCUUCUGGGGCGCGUGGUCGGGCGUGACCGAGCCCAUCGGUGCCAUCUUUGGCUACCUCGUCCUCCGCAACAACGAGUCAGACUGGGCCUACGGAGUGCUCUUUGCGCUAGUGGCCGGCAUGAUGGUGUACGUGACACUCCGCGAGCUCCUCCCCACCGCCCACCGGUACGACCCGUCGGACAAGUACGUCACCUGGUUCGCCAUCUUUGGCAUGUUUGUCAUGGCGCUCUCGCUCUCACUCUUUGCCAUUUGA